CCCGCGGCUCCAACUCCCGGGCAGGCUGGGGUACCGGCCGGGCGCGGGCCGGGAAUCGCGCCUGCCGACCGCCUCUCCGCCGCCCGCUCCCCCGCCGCGUCCCGAGGACUGGACGCGCUGGGCAAGCUGAGCGGCGCGCGGACCAGCCCUGGAGGCCGACAGUCAGCAAAGUUUGGUCUUAAGAGGAAGUGGUCGACAGCCCCGGCAGGUGGCAGCCAGGCCUAGACCGGGACACUCGAGGCCUGCCGCCCGACUGUAAGCAAGGACGCGCCCCAGCCCCCGGCCCCAGCUCCGAGCCGAGUGCCGGGACCUCGGAGUUCGCCCCCGGGAGAAGACUCCAGGCGAUCGCAGGAAACAAGUCAGAAGUUGGCGAGAGGCUCCGCCUCUAGCCCUGGGUGGCCUCCGCCUCCCUAGCCCCCCCCCCCCCCGCCCUGGCCGCGGGAGCUCGGAUCGGAUCGAGCCCGGGUCAUGAGGCCCCGAGGAGCAGCGGCACCCGGGAGCCUGGACCCCUGGGAAAUCCCUGCCUCUCCGCUGGGUAGACGACCGGAGCUCCGGGACUCGCCCUGCGCUUCCGGACGCCUCGGGAUGCUGGCUGCCAUCCUCCUGCUCCUCCUCCUUGGAGGCGCUCUGGCCCAUCCAGACCGUACCAUUUUCUCAAAUCCUGCUUGUGUGAACCCCCCAGCACUGCUCUUGGAAGUGCAGGGAACCUUACAGAGGCCCCUGGGCCGGGAAAGCCGAAGCUUUCCUGCCAACUGUACCUGGGUCAUCCUGGGCAGCAAGGAGCAGACUGUGACGGUCAGGUUCCAGAAACUGCACCUGGCCUGUGGCUCAGAGCAUUUACUCCUGCACUCUCCUCUUCAGCCACUGAUCUCCCUGUGUGAGGCACCUGCCAGCCCUCUGCAGCUGCCAGGGGGCAACGUCACCAUCACCUACAGCUAUGCCGGGGCCAGAGCACCCAUGGGCCAGGGCUUCCUGCUCUCCUACAGCCAAGAUUGGUUGAUGUGCUUGGAGGAAGAGUUCCAGUGCCUGAACCACCGCUGUAUACCUGCCGGCCUGCGCUGUGAUGGGAUUGAUGCCUGCGGCGAUGGCUCAGACGAAGCCGGUUGCAGCUCAGACGCAUUCCCUGGCCUGACCCCUGACCCCAGCCCCACCCUAUCCUGCAAUCUCACCUUGGAGGAUUUCUACGGGGUUUUCUCCUCCCCUGCAUUUUCACACCCACCCUCAGUCUCCCACUCCCAGUCCCCCCAGUCCUGCCUGUGGCUGCUGGACCCCCAUGAUGGCCGGCGGCUGGCAGUGCGCUUCACAACCCUGGACUUGGGCACUGGGGAUGCAGUGCAUGUGUAUGAUGGCCCUGGGCCUCCCGAGACCCCUCGGCUGCUACGCAGUCUAACCCACUUCAGCAAUGGUAAGGCUGUCACUGUGGAGACACUGUCUGGCCAGGCUGUCGUGACCUACUACACACCUGCUAAGAACAGUGGUCGUGGAUUCAAUGCUACCUACCAUGUGUGGGGAUACUGCUUGCCUUGGGACCGGCCCUGUGGCUUGCGCUCUGGCCUGGGGGCUGGUGAAAGCCUAGGGGAGCGGUGCUACAGUGAGGCACAGCACUGCGAUGGCUUGUGGGAUUGUGCCGAUGGCACAGAUGAGGAAAACUGCCCCAGCUGCCCACCUGGACACUUCCCCUGCGGGGCUGCCGACACCCCUGCUGCCACUGCCUGCUACCUACCUGCUGACCGCUGCAACUACCAGACAUUCUGUGCCGAUGGAGCAGAUGAGAGACGCUGCCGGCACUGCCAGCCUGGCAACUUCCGAUGUCAAGAUGAGAAAUGCGUAUAUGAGACAUGGGUGUGCGAUGGGCAGCCAGACUGUGCCGACGGCAGUGAUGAGUGGGAAUGCUCCUAUGCCCUGCCCCGAAAGGUCAUCACAGCUGCAGUCAUUGGCAGCCUGGUGUGUGGCCUGCUGCUGGUCAUCGCCCUGGGCUGCACCUGCAAGCUUUAUGCCAUUCGCACCCAGGAGUACAGCAUCUUUGCACCCCUCUCCCGGAUGGAGGCUGAGAUUGUGCAACAGCAGGCACCCCCCUCCUAUGGGCAGCUCAUUGCCCAGGGUGCCAUCCCUCCUGUGGAAGACUUCCCUACGGAGAACCCUAAUGACAACUCAGUGCUGGGCAACCUGCGUUCUCUACUGCAGAUCUUGCGUCAGGAUGUGACUCCAGGGGGUGCCUCAGGUGGCCGCCGCCGCCAGCGGGGCCGCUCAGUGCGUCGCCUGGUUCGCCGUCUCCGUCGCUGGGGCCUGCUUCCCCGAAUCAACCCUCCAGCUCGGGCCCCUGAGACCAGACCCCAGGUCACACCUUCCUCUGCUCCCCUGGAGGGCCUGGAUGGCAGCACAGGUCCAGCCUGUGAGGGUGGAGCAGUGGGUGGGCAGGAUGGGGAAGAAGCACCCCCCCUGCCCAUCAAAUCCCCCCUCCCAUCUGCCAGCGCAACUCCAGCCCUCCCUACUGUCCCUGAGACCCAGGGACCACUGCCCUCAGCUCCUCUAGAGCCAUCACUGUUGUCUGGAGUGGUGCAGGCCCUUCGAGGCCGCCUCCUGCCCAGCUUGUGGCCCCCAGGACCAACCUGGACCCCACCUGGACCCCACACAGUGGUCUUGGCCCCAGAGGAUGAGGACGAUGUGCUGCUAAUGCCACUGGCUGAGCCAGGAGUCUGGGUGGUUGAGGCAGAGGAUGAGCCACUGCUUUCCUGAGGUGACCUGGCUCUCCUGCAGGCUCUAAUCACAGCAGCAUGACCUGCUAGAGGCUAGUUCAGCUUCCCCAUUGACGUGUGUAGCUGCUGGAAGUUAGAUGUCCUGCAAGCAGGGAGAGGGCUUGAUGAGACCUCUGUAUACAGCCAGAGACCACCGUCCCUCCACCUCCCUCUCCUCAUCCCACAGCUACCUGGACCAUACAGUUCUUAAAGGAUCAUAGGCCUGGACACUCCAUCCUUGCCAAACCCCCACCCAAAAGUGGCCUUAAGCACCAGAAUGCCAAUUGGUUGGAAACUCACCAGCAUCUAAGGCGGGGAAUCAGGCAGAGCCAGAGGUUCUGCCAACCUCCAUCCAUAGAGGGCCUGGUUCACAAAAAGAACACACUGAAUACCUCUGUCCCAUAGCUAGGUCAUUGCCCAGGAAAUUAAAGUAAAAAAUAAAGGAAUCACAAGUUUUAA